AUGGCUACAAAUAGUUCCCGUGGUAACCCUAUUGAUGCAUCCGAGGGCCCAAGCAAGGUUGCCGAAGGUGCACCGCCUCCAGUCGCCGCUGAUACUAAAGGCGCCGUAAAAGAAGCUGCGGGACAGUCGGAUAGUGCUGGAGUGCACGCCUCGGGUCAAGAUGCCGGAGCUGCCUCGACUUCAGCUAAGGCCGAACCUAAGGUCAAAACUGAGAAGGAGUUAGAAAAGGAGAGGAAGAAGGCUGAGAAGGCAGCCAAGUUUGAGCAGAAGAAGGCUAAAGCCGCACAAGCUGCCCCUGCCGCAAAUGCUAAGGCAAAGGACAAGAAGCCUAAAGCUCCGAAGGUCGAAGAAGAGCCUCUUCCCCCUUACGUCGAGGAAACCCCUGCCGGCGAGAAGAAGCGACUUAGAUCCCUCGACGACCCUCAAUUAAAGGCCUAUAACCCAAUUGCUGUCGAGAGUGCUUGGUAUGAGUGGUGGGAGAAGUCAGGUUUCUUCAAACCCCAAUUUGCCCCUGAUGGAAAGGUCAAGGAGGAAGGGUCUUUUGUCAUCGUCAUACCACCUCCCAACGUAACGGGAGCGUUGCACAUGGGUCACGCUUUGGGCAAUUCCCUUCAAGACGUUAUGAUCAGAUGGAACCGCAUGCACGGGAAGACAACGCUGUGGCUACCUGGAUGUGACCAUGCCGGUAUCAGCACCCAGAGCGUCGUUGAGAACAUGUUAUGGAGGCGGCAAGGCAAGACCCGUCAUGACUUAGGCAGGAAAAAGUUUGUGGAAACCGUAUGGGAGUGGAAAGAGGAUUACCAUAAGCGAAUCAAUAACGCGCAACGUAAGAUGGGUGGCUCGACCGAUUGGAGCAGGGAGGCCUUUACUAUGGAUAAGAACCUAAGCGCGGCUGUGACAGAGACUUUCGUCAAGCUUCACGAAGAGGGGACCAUCUACCGCGCGAACCGCCUUGUCAAUUGGUGCACCCAACUAAACACGGCACUCUCUAACUUGGAGGUCAUCAAUAAGGAGUUAACCGGACGAACGCUCCUUGACGUACCUGGAUACGAUAAGAAGGUUGAGUUUGGAAUUAUUGUCCACUUCAAAUAUCCCAUUGAAGGCUCAAAUGAGACGAUCGAGGUUGCUACGACACGUCCAGAGACAUUACUAGGUGAUACAGGUAUCGCCGUGCAUCCCGAUGACGAACGGUAUAAGCACCUUGUUGGCAAGAAGGCUGUCCACCCAUUCAUCGAGGGCCGCUUGAUGCCAAUUGUAGCGGAUGACUACGUGGACAAGGAAUUCGGUACUGGUGCCGUCAAGAUUACUCCGGCUCACGACCCGAACGAUUUUGCGCUAGGUCAGCGACACAACUUAGAGUUCAUUAAUAUCUUGACCGACGAUGGUCUCAUGAACGAGAAUGCCGGUCCCUACAAGGGCCAGAAGCGAUUCGAUGUAAGGUAUGCUAUCCAAGAUGCUCUUAAGGAGCGUGGAUUGUACGUAGAUAAGAAGGACAACCCGAUGAAGGUGCCCCUCUGCGAGAAGUCCAAGGAUGUAAUCGAACCGAUCAUGAAGCCCCAGUGGUGGAUGAGGAUGAAGGAUCUAGCCGCCGAGGCAAUCAAGGUGGUGAAAGAUGGUCAGAUCAAGAUCAAGCCCGAGACGGCCGAAAACAGCUAUUAUAGGUGGAUGGAGAAUAUCAAUGAUUGGUGUCUUUCGCGUCAACUCUGGUGGGGACACCAAUGUCCCGUCUACUUCGCCAACGUCGAGGGAGAGGCAGGUGAUCGGGCGGAGGAUAAGUUGUGGUUCUCAGGGCGGACAGAGGAAGAAGCACGAGCGAAGGCUGAGAAGGCUCUAUCAGGAAAGAAGUUUACGUUGGAGCGCGACGAGGAUGUGCUCGACACGUGGUUUUCUUCCGGAUUAUGGCCGUUCUCAACCCUUGGAUGGCCAAACAAGACCCAUGACUUGGAGACGCUAUACCCAACUAGCGUCCUCGAGACCGGAUGGGAUAUCUUGUUCUUCUGGAUUGCAAGAAUGAUUAUGCUUGGUCUUAAGAUGGUAGGAGAGAUUCCUUUCCGCGAGGUUUACUGCCAUUCACUUGUGCGAGACUCGGAGGGAAGAAAGAUGUCUAAAUCCUUAGGCAAUGUCAUAGAUCCUCUCGAUGUCAUCAGCGGAAUUCCCUUGGAAACCCUCCACGAAAAGCUGGCGAUGGGAAACCUCCACCCUAGCGAGAUCGAGAAGGCCAAGAAAUACCAGAAGACCGCUUUCCCCGAAGGUAUACCACAAUGCGGAGCUGACGCACUUCGAUUUUGCAUGGUCAACUACACGACGGGCGGAGGAGACAUCAAUUUCGAUAUCAAGGUCAUGCACGGCUACAGGAAAUUCUGUAACAAGAUUUACCAGGCCACGAAGUUCGUGCUCGGCAAGUUAGAACAGGAUUUCGUUCCCGAGAAGACCGAGAAACUUACCGGUAAGGAAUCCCUUGCCGAGAAGUGGAUUCUACACAAGAUGAACGCCGCCGCCAAGGAUAUAAACGAAUCUGUUGCGAACCGGGACUUCAAUAGAUCGACGUCGACGGUGUAUCAGUACUGGUACAACCAUCUUUGUGAUGUGUAUAUAGAAAACUCGAAAUCUCUCAUACAGGAUGGAACAGAAGAGGAGAAGCGCUCGGCUGUUAACACUUUAUACACUGCGCUGGACAACGCGCUGAGGUUGAUCCACCCCUUUAUGCCUUUCCUUACAGAAGAGCUAUGGCAACGCCUUCCGCGCCGACCUGGAGAUGAAACUCCAUCAAUCAUGCUUGCUCGAUACCCCGUGUACGACCCAGAGCUAGAUAACCCGGCUGCCGAGGCUGCCUACGAGCUCGUUCUGGGUUGCUCUAAGGGUAUCCGGUCAUUAAUGUCCGAAUACGCUCUAAAGGACGAAGCUCAAGUUUUCAUCCAAACCUACGACGAGACGGCGCACCAGACCGCAGUGGAGCAGGUUCAAUCCAUAAAGUCGCUCAGCGGCAAAGGCGUGACCGGAAUCGAGGUUACCUCAGGAUCAGACGCUCGUCCCACCGGAUGCGUGGCGUUCCCCGUGUCGAGCGCCGCGGCAGUGUUCUUACACGUCAAGGGACGCGUAGACAUCGACGACGAGAUCUCUAAGGCUAAUAAGAAACUCGACAAGACGCGCGCUGCCAUUAGCAAACAGCAGAAACUCCUCGCCGACACCAACUACCAGCAGAAGGUCGCGGCUGCCCUCCAAGAGGCGGACAAGAAGAAACUCGCUGAUCUGGAAUCCGAGGCCAAGGGCUUCGAGGGCACGAUCAAGCAGUUUGAAGGGUUAAAGCUGGAGUAG